AUGUCUGAAUCAUACUUAAACAUUUGUCCAACCAGCCAACUCGAAUAUGAAACAAACUACUCCAUAUUCAGGGACCUAAAUUUUUUUGGAAAUGGAAAUUUUUCCAACGAACUUAAAAACUGCCACAAUGUUGGAACAGACCCAGUGUUUCCAGCUACAAUUCUAAUGAGUGUUGCGCAACUAUUAUCUCACCUUGGAAGCCACGAACCAGGGAUUUGUGCCGUUGUGCUCUUCUAUGCCACCUGGUGUCCCUUCUCUAUGAAGAUGGCUGCCGACUACAACGCACUCGGCCGAUUGUUUCCAACAAUCCCCAUCAUUGCUGUGGAGGUUGAAUCACAAAUAAAUACUUUUUCAUCUAAUCAACUCAGGUUUGGAACAAUAUCCGUUCCCAACCUCCUAAUCUUUCAAGGACCUCGAGCGAUAUCACGAUACAACCAAACACAUAUUGACCUGCAACUAUUAACACAAUUCAUGAAACAACAUAUUAAUGUUGAUGUGCAAACUAAUUGCUCUCCCAAUGUCUCAACAUGUUCAGAUUUUCAAAUAAUGGAGCAAGACCACAUUGGUCCAUUGCCCACAAAGUUACAAACAGAUACAGACUGGAUAUUAAUAUUUUCAAUUUUGUUUUUAUUGUAUAUUGUGUUUACAAAAGUAAAAACUGUUGUUGUGUGAAAAUUGGUGCAAUUUUGUGUGUUGUUGUUUUUAAAAAGGUUUGUUUUUAAUUUGUCCCCGAGAAAAUAAAAUCGUGAUGUUUA